CGGGAGGAGAAGAGAGCUCUGACUCCCAUGCAGGGAGGUCUGGCGGUGAUGACGCAGGCGCUCACGGCCCGGCGGGAGAGAGAACAGAUGCUGCGGUCAGCGCUGCACAUCAGCGAGUCUGACCGCUUCCAACAGUGGUGGAUCAGCAAGGGUUCCUCUGCAGUUGAGGAACUGAGGAACCGAGGUGGUAGAGCAAGAGGACCGAGGGGCCAGGCAGCAAAUGAUGAGUUUAAGUCUGAGGCGAAAGGCCUCUGUGUGACACCUCACUCCCCGCACUCCCCCUCCCUGGGGCCGUAUGACAGCCACCUGCAGCUUUUCGUGUGGAAGGAGAUGCUGCAAGUGAUCAAACCAGUUCUCACAUGUGUGACUUUGGAGGACCUUCAUGACCCGCUUUUGAAAGUGUCAGCUGAUAGCGUCAGACACGUAGAACUGAAUUCCAGGACACUGUGGGGGCUUGGGGAAGCUCCGGAAUUCUCCAUGUCCCACACCUGGAGCCAGGAGAGCUUCAGAUCAGGGCAGCAUUACUGGGAGGUGACGGUGGGGGAGAAGUCGCACUGGAGCCUGGGGCUGGACGCUCAGCUCAGCAGCAGCAAACAGGCCAUCUGCAGGCUGAAUGGGAGGUUCGGCAAACAUAGGGUUAAAACGCAAAAAGAAAUCCCUCUCAACCUCCCGGUCAGACCUAAGAAGAUCGGGACUUUCCUCGACUGUGAGAGAAAGCGAAUCUCUUUUUAUAAUGCGGACAACAUGUCUCUCAUCCACUCCACUGCAUAUGACACAGACAAGUCCCUUUUUGUCUACUUCAAUCCUGGCUUUUAUUUUAAGGGGGAGAAUGGGGACCCCUUGACUGUGUGCUGCUACUGAGGUAGAUUUUGGGGCGUUCACCCAGGAAAGUGCUGCUGAACCUCUUGUGUCCUAAAGUGUAAAA